AUGGCUCUCGGCUCGCAGCCAACUGUCACGAGAACAAGACCUAAUAUUAUUAACGACUAUUAUCAUCACGAUUCCUUCAAGGAGUUGCUCCAGAAGAACGAGCAAGACGUUCCUAACCUAGUUCCAAAAAUAACCGAAAUUAACAAGCUGAUGGAGAUCAGACCCUGUGGAAGAAAAGGAAACGGAGUAGUUGCUCUUCAAGACAUCCCACCAAAGACGUACCUUAGAACAUACUACGGCGAAAUCACGACUGUCAAAGAGAAAGCACGUAAAAUGAAGCUGGGAGAGAUGAGUUUGGACAAAGAAACGAAAUUCUAUACUUUUUAA